CCCAGUACGCCACUGGUGUCCGAAAUUCGGUCACAGCCUCCUUUGAUCUGCCCGCUCUGGACGCAUUUUUUCCAUUCAAAUUCAAAUAAACAGUGAUAAAAAUUUUAUUACGCCAAUCGUGAGAUUACAGUGAAAUGGGAGUGUAAACAUAACAUAUGUGCCCCCAUACUAGACAAAAGAUUAAGUCCGGAAGAGCGAAAUUGGUUCAAAUUUUUUCGACUAACAAAUAAAUUACUAAAUGAGUGUGGGGCGAAGCACGACAGACGAGUGAUGUAUUUGAAAUGCAUUCACCACGCAAAAAGUGAUCAUGUCGAGAGUGCAGUGCUGGAGAAAAAUGGCAAGAGUACAUGUGUUGUGUAGUCUCUGGAAGCACAGUAAAUGGAGGACUAACGUCGCGAGCUAACGCUCUGUAUAACAUUCCGUAGUCUUAGUGCCAUAUUCCUCGAGAUACCUCAUAUGCAAGUCAAUCGGUGAUGGGAGAAGACAUCAGGCCCCUGCUGGGGGUCCCCAAGAUACACAAGGUCUUGCGCAAGCUGAGACACAAACACCAUUGCGCCUACAAGGCUUCCACACUCAAAAAAUGCGUCGUCUUCGUCAUUUUACUCAGCAUUAUACUCAUCAUCAUCUACUCGCAGUAUAUAGGGCACUCGCCCUCCUAUCUCACAGGUCUGAUCCAGAGGAGCAACCGCCCCGAGCCCAACAUCCGCUGUGGCACUGUGAACGGCCCCCGAAUCCCGCAAAAUCACGACCACAAAACCGAGGCCCGACUUCGCAGCUAUCCCAAAGUUCUCGUUUUCGUCGAGACAAUCUACUCGAAACUCGGCAGAGAUAUCGCCGAAUUGCUCGUCCACACCAGAAUCAAAUAUAAGGUGGAAGUCGCCGGGAAAAGCCUGCCCGUGUUAACGAAUCUCGACAAGGGCCGCUAUGGAGUCAUCGUCUUUGAAAAUUUCAACAAGUAUCUACAGAUGGACAAGUGGAAUAGGGAGCUGCUCGACAAGUACUGUCGGGAGUAUUAUGUAGGGAUGAUAGGGUUUAUAACGCCGGAGGAAGAGACGUUUGUCGGGUCGCAACUCAAAGGGUUUCCGCUCUUCAUACACACGAAUCUCAAACUAAAGGACGCAGCUUUGAACGCCGCCUCUCAGAUUUUGCGUCUGACUCGCGCUGGAGAGACCGCCUGGGGCGACCUUCCUGGCAACGACUGGACCGUUUUCCAGGCCAACCAUUCCACCUACGAGCCCUUGGAAUGGGCCCACCGUAACGACGAUUACCAACCUACUGAAAGUAACGUCCGAACCCCUCUUCCCACCGUUAUCCAGGAUCACGGCCUCUUCGACAACAUCCAGCGCGUUAUUUUCGGUUCCGGUUUAAAAUUCUGGCUGCAUCGUCUCCUCUUCCUCGACUCUCUUAGUUAUCUAAGCCAUGGGCAGUUGUCCCUGUCCCUCGACCGCCGCCUCCUGGUGGACAUCGACGACAUCUUCGUCGGCGAGGUGGGCACUAGACUGCGUCCCGAGGACGUUAAAGCACUCAUCGCUACGCAAACCCGGAUUCAAGCGAUGAUUCCCGGGUUUAAAUUUAAUCUGGGCUUUUCGGGGAAGUACAUCUAUCACGGGAAUAGCGAGGAGGAUAAAGGUGACGAUCUCAUCUUGGAAAACGUCGAUAAGUUCAUGUGGUUCUCGCACAUGUGGAACCAUCAACAACCGCAUCUUUAUGAUAAUCUCACGGUGUUGAUGGAGGAUAUGGUGUUGAAUAAGAAUUUCGCCAAAGAGAAGGGAAUUCCGGUGGAUUCCGGGUAUUCGGUCGCGCCGCAUCAUUCCGGAGUUUAUCCGGUGCAUGAGCUCUUGUACACGGCGUGGAAGAAAGUCUGGAAUAUUAGGGUCACCUCCACGGAGGAGUAUCCACAUCUGAGGCCAGCCAGGUUACGGAGGGGCUUUAUUCAUCGGAAUAUCAUGGUUUUGCCUCGCCAGACUUGCGGUCUAUUUACCCACACCAUGCUCAUUGAGAAAUAUCCCGGUGGUAGAGAAAAACUAGACGAAUCGAUACAAGGAGGCGAAUUAUUUCAAACAAUUGUAUACAAUCCUAUUAAUAUUUUUAUGACUCACAUGUCGAACUACGGAAACGAUAGACUAGGUUUAUACACUUUCGAAUCUGUAAUAAAGUUUAUACAAUGUUGGACCAAUAUUAAACUAAGUUCAGCGCCACCUCUCCAACUAGCCGAAAGCUAUUUCAAGUUAUACCCUGGCGAAUCGGAUCCCGUGUGGGGGAAUCCAUGCGAUGAUCAACGUCACCAAAAAAUCUGGUCCAAGAACAAAUCGUGCGAUUCUCUACCGAAAUUUCUAGUGAUUGGGCCGCAAAAAACCGGCACUACGGCCCUGUACACUUUUCUGUCUUUACAUCCGGCGAUUGCUAGCAAUCUUCCAAGUCCGGACACCUUCGAAGAGAUCCAGUUCUUCAACGCGCACAACUACCUCAGAGGAUUAGAUUGGUACAUGAAUUUUUUCCCCGUGGACUCCAACUCGUCGCACUACUACUUCGAGAAGAGUGCGACGUACUUCGACGGCGAGUUGGUCCCGAAGCGAGUGCACGCCCUCCUCCCGCGUGCAAAACUCGUGACGAUUUUGAUUUCGCCCGCCAAAAGGGCGUACUCGUGGUACCAGCACACGAAAGCUCACGGCGACAUCAUCGCCAACAACUACAGCUUCCACCAGGUGAUUACAGCGAGCGACACGGCCCCCAAGCCGCUGCGAGACCUCCGAAAUCGGUGCCUUAACCCGGGGAAAUACGCGCAGCAUUUGGAGCGCUGGCUGACGUUUUUCCAGCUCCAGGCGUUGCACAUAAUCGACGGAGACGAGCUGAAGUCGAACCCGGUCGAGGUCAUGAACGAAAUGCAAAAGUUUUUGAAAAUAACGCCCUUUUUCAACUACACGGAGCACCUGCGGUUCGAUCCGAAGAAGGGGUUCUAUUGCCAGGUGGUCAGUGGGGAUCACACCAAGUGCUUGGGGCGGAGCAAGGGGCGGCAGUACCCUCCCAUGGAGGAGAAGUCGCUCAAGUUGUUGCAGAGGUAUUAUCUGAGCCAUAACACGGCCCUGGUCAAGCUGAUGAAGCGGAUCGGGUUGAGGAAUAUUCCCAAUUGGUUGAAGGAGGAUUUGUCCGAUUCGCCAGCGUGAAUUGUUGUACUUAUUUGGAUAAGUCGGUGUGAUAUUAAAUUAGAACAAUCUUGGAGAUAAUAAAUGGUAAUUUUUAUGAAAUGACAUAUCACGGUUGAAUUUUAGGCAAUACUAUUCUAAAAUUGAAAUCAAUUAUGAGUUUUUGAGGCGUUGUCCAUUUUUCAUGUUGGAGUGUUUUAGCUAGAACAUGAUUGUGCAAUAGUUUUAUUCCUUACGUCCACGAUGUGAGCUUAAUAGGUGUUCGAAAUAUUUAGAUUAGUUUUCAUUCACUUCAAGCAUAUCUGUUGACUGAAUGUACCAAGCUUUGCGCGUGAAAUAAUUGUGUAUAUAUUUUUAUUUAUAAUAAACAAACUAAUUCGUGCCAUUUUUUUGUACAUAGUUCUCUCAUUGUGGCAAUUCACGAUUGUUAGAUAAUCUUCAUGUCUAUUUUACGAGGUCGAUGUAUAUUGCAUGUAAUUUAUAACAUUCGAAGAUCACACAUUGAUGUAAAUAUUUCAAUUAUUGCAUAGCUGUUAAAAGUGGUAAAAUGACAAUAAAAUGACAUAACAUUCA